AUGCGCAUGUCGAUCCCAAAGUACAAUGUCAUUGUACAGCCGAUUACCGAUCUGCUAGAGUCGGUGUACAAGGCGGCUGGUGGACGCACUCGACAGAAGGUGGCCAAAGUUGUGUUGGCCGACGUGGGAUGGAACGCUGAGCAUGUAGCGUGCCUCACAAGUUGCAAGGAUGCCCUGGGCCAUGUGGUGACCCUCGCCCAUCCAAAGCCGGAGCGGCUUAUUUGUGUGUUCGCCGACGCCAGCGAUUUGCAUUGGGGCGGCGUAGUGACUCAAAUUCCUCACGAUCAGGUGGAUCGUGAAUUGGACGCGCAAGACCAUGAGCCGCUGAUGUUUCUGAGCGGCGCAACGAUGGGCUAUCACUACCUGUUUCACAAGCCCGAUGGAUUUGCGUUGUUCACUGACCACGCAAACCUCAAGUUCAUUUUCAACCCGGCCAGUUUGUACAAUCCCGAAGUACACUACAGCGAAACUCGAUCGCUGGGCGCUACUACUCAUGGGAUUUCACCGUUGCGAAAUGGCGAAUUCACUUGGCCAACCAUGGCCGAGAUCGUGGAUGCUCAAGUCCAAGCCGUUGGAAAAGGAGAAUUUCCUGUCGCCAAGCUGGUGGAACAACAGGUGGAAGUGGGCGACAACUGCAUUUUUGAAAUUCAAAAUUUGGUGACGGGGGUGGUCCGUGAAGCCCACAGCAGUCGUCUCAAGUUUUAUGCCGACGACGCCUUGGAGGUGACGGAAGAACUGCUGCGCCACAUCGCGCACAACGCCGACGGACAUGUGGUCGAUCAUUUCCUCGACUGCCGCUACAACGAUCGAAUGGCCGUUUUUGAAGUGUGUGUGCGCUGGCGCGGCCUACAAGCAAUUGAAGACUCGUGGGAGCCGGCGGACAAUUUGUUGCCAACUGACUUCAAGCGCUACGUGCGCUCAAACAAGGCCGAUCCCCAAGUCAAGGCGAUGGCAACUGCGUUGGGCUUGACGCAAUCGUUGGGGGGGAUUGUUGCGAAUUUGACAUUCGCAGAACCCCUGAACCCCUCCCAAGAAG